AUGGCUAGUGGAAGGAAUGACGAUGCGAUUGCUAAGGCUAUAGAGUGUAUAGCCGGAGUUACAACUUUGACUGAACCCCGAGCUACUGCACAAGCUGCUACUCAAGCUACCCAAAUUGUUGCUCAAGCUACUGCUUACACUGGUGGUCAAGGAAAUGUGCAAAUAAAUGAGUUUAUGGUGAUGAGUCGAUUCCACAAAGCUAACCCUCCAUCGUUCGAAGGUCACUAUAAUCCCGAUGGAGCUCAGAAGUGGUUGCAAGAGGUUGAGAAAAUUUUCAUAUGGGUGGCAUGUUUUGAAGGUCAAAAGGUGCAUUUGGGAACCUUUAUGUUGACAGAAGAAGCUGAAUAUUGGUGGGAUAAUGCAUGUCAGCGUUUAGAUAAUGCAGGGACUGCAAUUACUUGGGUUGUAUUCAGAAAUAUGUUUCUAGUCAAGUACUUCCCUGAGGACAUCUGCGAUAGGAAAGACAUGGAAUUUGUCAAAUUAGAAUAA